AUGGAAAGGAACCAGCUGUUCAAAUUCCCAGCUCUGUGCAAAUCCUAUGGCUUUAUUAGGUAUUAUUUCUUACCAGCUGCUGCUCCCCUCGAUGAAUCCCGGAUUGUCGGUGGAUACGAGUGCGCCCCUCAUUCCCAGCCUUGGCAAGUGCACUUAACCUACAAAGGGAACUUCUUUUGUGGGGGGUCAUUGAUUGCACCAAGGUGGAUUGUUUCCGCUGCUCACUGCUACAUGCUACCAAGGUACGUGGUGGCUAAUAUUGGCAUGCACAACGUUUCCAUGACAGAAGGAACCGUACAAAGAAUCCAGGUGGAGAAAGCAUUUCAGCACUAUAAAUACAAUAGCAAUAAUAUUGACAAUGACUUUAUGUUGAUUAAAUUAGUGGAACCAGCUCAGUUCAAUCAAUAUGUUCAACCCAUCCCACUGGCACAUAGCUGCCCAAGAAACGGGACUCAGUGCGUUGUGUCUGGUUAUGGAAAUAUGCGUCCAGGUUUGUUUGGAGAGUUCCCUGAUAGAUUGCAAUGUCUGAAUGUACCUGUCCUGCCUGAACAAAGCUGCAAAGCUUCCUAUGGUGAUGGCAUUACAAACAGCAUGUUCUGUGCUGGUUUCCAGGAAGGUGGCAAAGAUUCCUGCCAGGGUGACUCUGGUGGGCCACUGGUUUGUGAUGGAGAACUCUCCGGAGUGGUUUCAUGGGGAAAAGGCUGUGCCGACAAAGGAUUUCCAGGAGUGUACACUAAAGUCUGUAAUUAUAUAGACUGGGUAAAUGACAUUACGGAGGAAAAUUAAGAAGCUCAGCUCAUCACAUUCUCAGUUCAGAACACAUACCUCCCAACCUUCUGAAAAUCAAUUGCCAAACAAAUGAUGUUAUAUCCCUACUAAUCACUGUUACCUAAGCCCCAUUUUUCCAAUUGGGGUCUGUGAUUCAUGACUGUCCCAUCUGAAUCAAGACCAUUGGUGGGGUAUGAGGAUGCCAUAAGUAUUUCUCAGUAUGUUGUUUUGCUUUCUAUGUAAGGGCCUGUCUCUUCAGCUGCUGUAGACGAGCCCCCAGCAUCCAGUCUACAAUCGUCUAAAUAUAUUUGGAUAUAUUAUGCACAAUACACUGUUGUUGUACCAUUUUAAACAAUAAUGAAUAAAAAACAACCGGAGGCAUAA